AUGUGUUCCGUCUACAUCUUCCUCUACGAUUGCGGCUGCUCUGUCCAAGAAGGCGGCGUUGUCGCCUGUGCAAAGAAGGGAACUCCCUCCUGCCAUGGUGUGAAGGAGCACUUCCGGAAGCGUCAGGGCUAUAACUGCCCAAAGCACGGUGGUAGCUAA